AACUUGCACAAAUACUAUAGAAGCGCAGCUGGAAACUGAAACAGUCCGUCUUCCCUGUCAUAAAUAAUUCUCUCUCCAUUAAUAAGAUCAUAACCUACAGAGACAAUAAACGUGCACCAGAGCGUUUAUGAAAUUACAACUACUCACAUGCAGGAAGAAGAAUAUUUCUCUCCUAGCUUUAGCAGCUACUCUUCAAAUAGAGUGGCAGACAUUGCCGGAAAAAUCUCCGAUGAAAUUAAACGUGAUUCUGAGGUGGUAGAAGAGAACGCUGACGGUGCCGAUGAAGAAGAGGAUUUUGUAUUCUCUUUGGUAUGUGAAAAUCCAGAGGAUUCGGGCGGCGUAUUCCCCUUCGACCGUCAAAUCCAGCCUAUUUACCCCGUUUUCAACCGCGAUCUGUUACUAAAUGACGUUUCUUAUGACGUAGAUCGCGAAGGUCUUAUCGGUGAAUCGUCUGAAAACCUCAAUAGUUCAGUUCAAGUUUCGUUAAAGGAUUUAUUCUUAGAAGAACGGGAACCGCUGUCGUCAUCAUCUUCCGAGGUCGAUGAGUUGGAGAGUGUACCUCCGGGAACGUAUUGUGUAUGGAAGCCGAAUAUAACCGAGCCUUCACCAAGCAAAUGUAAGAAGAGUAAUUCAACGGGAUCGGCGUUUAAGCGGUGGAGUAUUCGAGAUUUGAUGCGCCGGAGCAACAGUGACGGUAAGGACAGUUUUGUAUUUCUGACACCGGAAAAAGGAUUGAAAAGCGAAAGGUCCAAAGCAAAGGACUCAGCAGAGGCGUCUAAAGUUGCCGGAAAAUUGAAGGCAAAGGGCAACAGUAGCAGCGGUAACAAGGCAUCUUCGAUGACGGACGUUUAUUUACGGAACCAAGCGGCAAAGGAAAUGGAUAAGAAUAGGCGCAAAUCAUAUUUACCAUACCGGCGAGAUCUGGUAGGUUUUUUCGCAAAUGCCAGCAAUAUUGGUAGAACUUUUCCUCCUUUUUAGCAAGCUUCCAUUUUUUAAUAAAUUAAUUAAGUGU